GCAAAUUGAGCAAGAAAUCAAAAGCAUUUCUAGGGCUUUAAUCAAUUUUCUCACUCAUUCCCGCUAUUUACUCUCUCUCCUCAGAUUUUCACUCAAGCAUAUAUUCACACACAGACAAAUCUAUAUUUUUAUUUUCGAAAUUCGAUUUGUUAUUUUUGUAAUCAUUGAGGAGCCAUGAAGAAGAAACCCUAGCGCUUGCGUAAAAUCUUAAUUUGGUUGAUUUGCGGUUAAUUUUGCCAGAUUUGGCGUUAAUUUUGGGGGGAUUCUUGUGUGUUCUCUAAUUAGUGUAGAGAAGAUUGGAGAAUGGAAGGAAUUCCGAUACCGAGAACUGUAGAGGAAGUCUUCAAUGAUUUCAAAGGCCGUCGAGCCGGUCUCAUCAAAGCCCUGACCGUUGAUGUUGAGAAGUUUUAUCAGCAGUGUGAUCCUGAAAAAGAGAAUCUGUGUCUGUAUGGGUUUCCAAAUGAGACAUGGGAAGUCAACCUGCCUGUUGAGGAGGUUCCUCCUGAACUACCUGAGCCAGCAUUAGGAAUAAACUUUGCCAGGGAUGGCAUGCAAGAAAAGGAUUGGUUAUCACUUGUUGCAGUUCACAGUGACUCGUGGCUGCUUUCUGUUGCAUUCUACUUUGGUGCACGCUUUGGAUUUGGCAAGAAUGAAAGGAAGAGGCUUUUCCAGAUGAUUAAUGAUGUACCUACUGUAUUUGAAGUCGUGACGGGGGCCGUUAAGCAGGUCAAGGACCAGGCAGCCUCUCAAAAUAACAGCAGUAAAAGCAAAUCUAGUGGGAGAAUGCAGUCUCGUCAGCCUGAUUCGGAGCACAAGGGAUUUAAGAUUUCUGCACCCAAAGAUGAGGAGGAAAGUGGCGAGGAAGAAGACGACGAUGAGCAAGGAGCAAUAUGUGGAGCUUGUGGAGAGAGUUAUGGUGCUGAUGAAUUCUGGAUUUGCUGUGAUGUGUGCGAGAGAUGGUUCCAUGGAAAGUGUGUGAAGAUUACGCCUGCUAAAGCUGAACACAUCAAGCAGUACAAAUGCCCCACUUGCAGUAAUAAGAGGGCUAGAGUUUAAUCUACCAUUUUAGAAGUCGAAAUCGAAGGUGGCCAGCGUCAAGCUUAUAAAUUUGAAUACAUUCUGAUGGGAUCGAAAUGUUGUGAACUUCUUCAGAUUCCUAUUAUUCGAACUUCUACUUGUAGUUUAGGGAUAUUCGUGAAGAAAACUUGUGCUUUCCUUUUGAGUGUGAUUUUGGAGACAUUUUACCCCUCGCGUUCUUGUAGUUAGUGUAUGUUUUACCU